ACUUUAAAAUCUUGUUUGAUUUUUUUUUAAAUUGUCCAUGUAACAUUCAACCUAAUUCAUAUUUUUACAAUAAGUAAAACAUAAGUAUAUAAGUUCAAAUGCCAUCAAUCAUGACAUCUCAGAAAAAAACAUUAAAAACGAAACAGUUAAAGAGUGAGCUAUCGAAAGAACUACAAUUUAUAAAAAAUAUAUUUUCUAGUUUGUCCUUACCAAUACAUAAAGAUGACGAUGCUAACAAUGACUUCGAAAUGACCAAUGGUGUACAGCCUGAAGAUAAAAAAGAACUACCUAAGCGUGCAACAAGUAUUGUAGAGUUAGAAGAAAAAUUGCAGAAACUCAAAUCGCAAAAUAACUUUCACUUAAAAAGUAAACUAGCUAAGAAGAGUAUUAACAGCAAACUGAACAAAAAACUCAAGAAAAGAGAAAGGACUAAUAAAACACAUGUAAAAGGUUCAGCACCAGAAUUUGAAAAUAAACAGAAACAGCAGACAGAUGACAAAAAAAAUGUGAACAUAGCCAAACCUAUAUUUAAUAGCGAAGGAAAAUUAGUAUUUUCUAAGUUUGACUUUGCCAAUUUUGGUAAAAAAGACAAAAGUGCCAAAGUACACAAGGACCCGAAAAAAAUACUAGAAGAUAUGAAACAGCAAGAAAACAAAUUACGUGAAUUACAAGAAGCAGAUAAAGGUGACAAAGCAAAAGAAAUUAAAGAAAAGAUGGCAUGGAAAAAUAUACUUCAAAAGGCAGAGGGUCAGAAAGUUAAAGAUGAUCCUAUAUUAUUGAAAAAGUCAAUUAAGCGAAUGGAUCAAAAGAAAAAGGCAAGCAAAAAGCAAUGGGACAAUAGAAUAAAGAGUGUUGAACAAAAGAAAGAAGAUAGACAAAAGAAAAGGAAAGAGAAUAUUUCUAAAAAGAAAAAAGAAAAGAAAACAAAAAUUGUAAAAGCUGCAGUCAAAAGAGGAAGGGUUGUUUUAUGAAUAAUUUUACCUGUAAUUUUUCUUAAUAUGAUUCAUAAAAUAAAUGAUAUUACCGUG